UAAUCUGUUUUAAGAACUAAACAAUUCCAAGCUCGAGGUAUAUCUCCUAACAUUCCAUGUCGAUGCAUGUUUUGGUACAUGUUAUUUUAAGACCAAUUUCUAAAAGUAUAGUACUUUCAGUCAUGGGCAUGCGUGUUUAAUCAUAAUAUAUUUUCUGUCACCAAACAAAAUUAGUCUCUUCACUUUCAACAAAAGACAGCAAUUCAUGUAUCUCAUUAAUUUAAAAAAUAACUAUGGCUGCUUCAAACAAGUAUAUGCUUUCAUUUCUACUCCUAUAAAUAUAACUCUUCAAACUCAUUUCAACCUCAAGUCUUUCAAGUUUCAACCUUAUUUGGUUCUUUUGUUAUUUUGUUCCAUUUUGAAACUUAAUCAUCUCUAUAUCUUGUCAUGGAUAUUGAGUCAACAAAUCAAGUAAACAAAGCUGGAUUCUUAUCUAGCUUGGGUGGUUUCUUCAAGGCUAUGCCUAUGAAGUUUAAGUCCAAGGUUAUGAAUGCAACAAAAAGUGUGAAAAAGAUAGGAAAAGAUGACCCUAGAAGAGUAAUCCACUCAUUGAAAGUUGGAGUUGCUCUUACAGUUGUGUCCUUGUUUUACUAUUCAAGGCCUCUUUAUAAUGGCUUUGGAGAUGCUGGAAUCUGGGCAGUUCUUACUGUCGUUGUAGUUUUUGAAUUUACUGUUGGUGCAACCCUUAGCAAAAGUUUGAAUAGAGGAUGCGCUACAUUAUUAGCUGGUGCUUUAGGGGUUGGAGGUCAUCACUUAGCCACUGCUGUUGGAGAAAGAGGAGAAGCUAUUGUCCUUGGAACCCUUGUCUUCAUUCUAGCUGCAGUUGCAACAUUUUUGAGAUUUGUUCCAAAGAUAAAGGCGAGAUAUGACUAUGGAAUGGUGAUAUUUAUAUUGACAUUCUGUUUGGUUGCGGUGUCGGGGUAUAGAGUGGAAGAAGUUGUUGAGCUUGCACAUCAGAGACUUUCAACUAUUAUUAUUGGAGCUGCAGCUUGCGUGCUCAUCUCCAUAUUUGUUUGUCCUGUCUGGGCAGGUCAAGACCUUCAUAACAUGGUUGCUUCCAACAUAGAAAAACUAGCCAACUAUCUUGAAGGGUUUGAAGGUGAAUAUUUUCACUCAUCAGAGGAUAAAGAAAAAUCUAAGUCACUUCUACAAGGAUAUAAAAGUGUUCUCAAUUCCAAAGCAACUGAAGAAUCAUUGGCAAAUUUUGCAAGGUGGGAACCAGGUCACGGCGGUUUUAGUCUUCGUCAUCCUUGGAUGCAAUACUUGAAAAUCGGAGUACUUGCUCGCGAAUGUGCAUACAAGAUUGAAACCCUCAACACAUAUCUUAACCCUGAAAUCCAAAUUUCUUUGGAAUUCAAGUGUUCAAUCCAAGAAGCAUGCACAAAGAUGAGUUCUGAAUCCAACAAAGCGUUGAAAGCAAUAUCAUCAUCAAUGAAAACAAUGACACACCCCUCAUCAGCUAAAAGUCACAUAGAAAAUUCAAAGAGUGCAAUAGAAGAACUGAAACUUGUACUAGAAGUCAUUUCCUUAGAGGAUGUGGAACUCUUAGCUAUAAUACCAGUUGCCACAGUUGCUGCAAUACUUGAAGAAAUCACUAUUUCAGUCGACAAAAUCUAUGAAUCUGUUUCUGAGCUUUCUCAUUUGGCACACUUCAAGACUCUAGAAACCAAUGUGUCACCGGAAAAACCACCACUACUUCAUAGAGGAAUCAUAAAACCUGUUGCGGACAUUGAUAACGAGCCGCAUGUUGAAAUCGCGAUCCAAGAUUUAUGUACAGACUCACCUGACAAAGCCCGAAAAAGCAGUGCAGAAAUGAAUAAAACAUAAUUGUAAAUUUGAAAAGUUGUGACUAUAACAUGAUACUAGGCAGUAAUUGACUUAGUUGAGUAAAUAGUUGUCAACCUUAUUUGACAAUUUGUAAAAUUAAGGUGAGAAUCUUUUUCAUAUUCUUACCUUAAUUUCAUUUCUUCAUUACUUUU